ACGUGGGCGAAAUUACUGGUUAGCAAAGCAAACGAGUUGCGCUGUUGAGUUAGGCUAGUCAAACCAGACCGAGGAACUAGCAAAACUGACGUUGGCCACUUUCGAGUGCUGCAUAAUUUGACAUUGCAGAUCGUGUCAUCAAUAUAGCUAGACUGUUUCAAAUUGACAUUUGCAAAGCGUUCAUCAACUUAGCUAACCGGCUACCGUCACAUAACGAGUAACUUCACACAGUGUUGUUCUCCGGAAAAGGUCUAUUGCGUGUUCACCCAAAAGGCAGACACCAUAGUUUUACUCUCGUUACACUUGUUAAUGUGAGGCCUAACGUCAACUGAGAUAGAGAAGUGGUUUUGACUUUUACCUGAGUGAUGUAUUGGUGUAUUGUUAGUUAGCACCCUUAGACACUUACGCUCGCUUUUAAAGAGUUUUAAACAACUAAACAGGGUAGGUACUUGGCUGUAAAGGAAGUCACUUUACUGGCUUGUGAAUACAUUUAGCAGACCAAAAGAAAGAGAUUCCAAAAGUAUUGCCACGUAUUGUACCAAUCUGAUGGUGAUCUGAGGACAAUGUCAGCAUUGUUUUCCCUUCCUUUCUCUUAAGUCAGGAUUUAUAACCUGUAGAUAGAAAUCCACACAAUGCUAGUCACCUCAUAAGCCCACUUCUUCAUUUUGUUAUGUGACAUAAAUGUACCUCACCUGUUUCUCCCUGUCAUAGCCCCCCCAGCUGGAUGAGGUGAGCGCAGGCUCUUUUUUUGUUGCUGUCUUCCUAAAAGCAGCGCUGUGAGAUUCACACGCACGUCCAUUCUCACAGACCGUGUCUGUACCCAGAGAUAGAAUGAGUUGGUGAGGAGAAGGAAGAAAGGGGUCUGAAGACCAGACUCGGCACAACACCUUGUCCUGCUCGCAAGCUGACACCAGAGAGUCUAGAAGGACCAGCCAGGCAUCACAACAAACACCAGAGAGUCUAGAAGGACCAGCCAGGCAUCACAACAAACACCAGAGAGUCUAGAAGGACCAGCCAGGCAUCACAACAAACACCAGAGAGUCUAGAACGACCAGCCAGGCAUCACCACAAACACCAGAGAAUCUAGAAGGACCAGCCAGGCAUCACCACAAACAAACCAAACACAAUCCCUUAGAUACCUGCCUUCCGCUUCAGUACAAUCCCAAAUCCCACUUCACUUCCCACCACCUUCGACACCAGCAAAGACCGAGCACAUCAGGUACCCCACGUUGUCACUGCAUCCUGGAGACUGGACUGUGUUCCACAUAGAGGGUCUCCCAAGCUGCACACGCUGCCCCUGCAGUCUGCUAACCCAGCUAGCAGACGCUGCCCCUACAGUCGGCUAACCCAGCUAGCAGACGCUGCCCCUGCAGUCGGCUAACCCAGCUAGCAGACGCUGCCCCAGCAGUCGGCUAACCCAGCUAGCAGACGCUGCCCCUGCGGUCUGCUGACUCAGCUAGCAGGACGAGGAGCACCACAACGGGGUAGACGAGGAAUACAGGAUUUCAGAGCAGACGACUCUUAAAUCCUGGUCAUGACGUUUGGAGCCUCAGCCCACUGACGUGUAACACUGGACAUUAAUGGCGCAGCAUGAUUUUGUUCCCGCCUGGCUCAACUUCUCCAAGCCUCUGCCUACCAAGUCCCCCGGAGCCGGCCUUGAGAGGCACGGGCAGCACCUCUCUCGUGGCGACGCCCGCUCAGGUGUAAGCCGUCGGCGCCGCCAUUACUCCUCCGACGGCUUCUUCAACUAUGACCUCAGGGAUUCCGCAGGUGACGGGUGUCAGCACCCGUCUCUCCUGCGACACGACUCUGUGGACUCGGGUGUGGCCAGGGGAGGACAGGGGGGUUUGGGCGGUGGCACGGGGGGGACAGGUGGGAAGGAGACCCCCGGGUGGCACAGUGGCCCGUGGGGGCCGGAGGGACCCCUUCCCGGACGUCCCUCGAAGAGGAACGGGAGGGACAAAGAGAGGGAGAGACACGGGGCCCUCCACCAGCGGAACGGAAACUUCCAUCCUCACAAAGGAGAGGAACGCCAGGAAAACAAGCUGAAAUUUGUCGAGGAGGAUUUUCCUUCGUUGAAUCCAGAGAUGAGUGGGAAGCCUGUGCUUCAAAUACAAGCUGUGGGGCCCCCAACAGGAGUAUGGGAGAAUCCUCCCAGUGCCAAGCAGACCAGGUCUAAGAUGCUGGUCAUCAAGAAGGUUUCCAAGACAGACCCCAGCACUCCUUUCUCGGCUGUGUUUGCCAACACAGGACUCUAUCCAGCCAACUGCACAAACGCCUUUGUGACUGGACCCAGCGUCCACAAGAACUUGAUACCCAAGUCAGCCGCUGUCCCAAUCAAGACGGGUCCAUGGAAGCCAAAUGGAAGGGAAAGCAGAAGCAGUUUGGAUUGGUCCGGCAGGGACUCUGCCUUCACCAGCCCGGCACCAGGGACCAAGCCUGCGACCCCGGCCCACACGCCGACCCCUCUGACCUUCAAGGAGCCUCCUUCAAGCACCACCCCUCCAAUCGACAUCACUCCUUCUCGCCUCAAGCUGAUGCGCCGUACCACCGACCGUAGGAGUGACAUCCUCCGAGGCCUUAAGGACUGGAGGAAUGGAGACCGUCCCAGCUCAACCAGCCCCCCAGACCCAGGGGAGGGCGAGGGAAGCACUCCCGAGCCGAAGGACUACGACAGCCAUGAAAACGGAAUCUCACACCUGCUCAGUGACUCUGUCACAGACCACCUGUCUAGCUCACUAGAAGAAGAACACAGGUUGCUUAAAGCCAUGGGGUGGCAGGAGCACCCAGAGAAUGAUGACAACUUCCUGCCCCUCACUGAGGAUGAGCUGAGAGAAUUCCAAGCUAAAAGCGAGCAGCUUAAGAGAAACGGGUGGCGACAGAAUGACGUCAGGGUGUUUCCGAAGCCCCUGCAUCUGGCGUGGAGAAACCCUGUUGCGAUGGAGGAGGGCUCUGAGUCAGAGACCAGCAGCAGCAGCAGCAGCCAGACAUCAGAUGACGAGGCAGACACCUGACGAGGCUCCAGCACCCUUCCACUUGUCUCCUCUGUCGUCACUCGUCAAGCUUCCUCCCCCACCAGCUUUUUGUUGAGCUUUGUUUGUCUUGCUCUUCAAACGGGGGACAUUUUUAAGAUUGACGCCUGAGGAUUUAUAGUUAUUUUUUUCCUUUUCUUUUUUUCUCCCAAAGUCCUUUUUUUCUUGUUUUUUUUUUUUUAUUUAUUGAAAACUCAUCUACUAAAGGAUUUUGGAUUUGAUUCACGUGUCAACAAUAGAAAUUAUAAUUUAAUCACGGAUCAGAUUACUUUUUGACUUUGGCAUUUGUGUUGAGAGGAAACUAUCAUUGUGUACAGCUGAGAUGGACAGCUGUGGGUCUGAUUCUCACUCUUUCUAUAUAUGACAACACUGAACCAAACCAAUUUUCAAACAGUAAUAUCUCUUAAUUGGAGUAUUGCAGUUUUUAGUGUUGAAUAUUACUUGAGGAUUGAUGUAAGGGUAGAGAGAGAAAAGUCAGAUUGGCAGCCUUUUUGUAAGGUUUAUUCUAUUUUUUGUUCUAGUUUUAUUUUGUGUUUUCUUUAAGAUCAUUUUUCUUCUUGAAGUUAUGGGAGACAUUUUUUAGGAUUCUUAUCAAAUGAUUCUUGUUGAAUGUAGCCAGUAAGGGCAUACUGAAUGUUGGGAUUUACAUACUUGGAGUUCUUUUUACCCCAAGAAGAUUGUUAAACAAAAGUUGUUCUCUAAAUCUAAAAUAUAUUUUGAUGUUGGUUUGCUUACAUAGGGUUCAUCAAAUGUGACAAGAGAUUAGCAGUUCAAACUGAUUCUGUAUCCACAGUUUUUCAGCAGGCACUAUUUUUAAACCUUCAAAGUUUAAGUCCUGUUUAUUAAAAUGGUCAAAACUCAAAUCUGCACUGCUGCUUUUGUAAAAAGUUUUGUGUGCAAAGGUUUCCGAUUUCUCUGCUUAUGUCAAGGAUUGCAUUUUUGAAAUUUAGCUUCAAACUUUGCUUGCUGGUACAACAUUGAAAAGGCUUGAUCACAGACUCUGAUUCGUUUUCUAUUUUGGUACAACUGUCAAAUCACACAAUUAUAUUUGUUUGUUUGCAUAUUGUUCAUGCAGCCUUGAUAUUCAGGGUGGAUAAUAACAAAACAUAUUUGUAAUUGUGCAUUUUGAAAGAUUAUUUUGAUAACAGAUUUGAGAGAUAACGUGUCAUUUAUGGCUUUGUCUAUUUCGGAAAAUAAACUACUGCAUCUUG